AUGACCCUGCAAGUUCCAAAAGAGCAGCGAAUUUUCAUGCAUGCGUCUGGACGGCCAUCUUCUGUCCUGCUUCAGUGCACCUCCGACACGGUGGUCACGGCGGAUAUGUACUGCAAGCAUCCAUUAAGCGUGCGGCUGACACGCUGGUCCCCCGAUCCUCGACUUGUGCAACACCAGACGGUGGACUUCAUUCGAGAACUCACCUCAGAUACUCAACGCGAAUCACACCUUCGGGGUCAUACCUACAUCCCCCCUUCAAAAGCCUUCAUAACUGCAAGUUACGAACACAACCUCGAAGCAUAUGAUACCGACCCAAUCACAAUCGUCCGUUCCUUCGACUCCGACACCCUGGCCUUACAAUGGACCGCUGCAAUACCCCAGGAGAAUUCCAAACUCCACUUUAUUCCACGCCGAAACGCGAUACUCGCAUUGGGACUCACAUGGAACGUCGAAGAGGGCUAUUCCUCUGCGAAAACGAAGGUGGCACUAGCGACUCUGGACGCGGCGUCUGGGUCUAUCCUUUCCAUCAACAUCCUCCAGGACCCUCAGAACCCGUGCGGUAAUCUAUCUGAAGCCAUCGGCGACGCAGAUUUGACGCCGUCAGGUGACCAACUCGUCCUCGUCUUCGGUGAUGGACAGGUCACCGUUCUCAACGUUGACGACUACCUCGAGAACGGCUUUAGCCUCAACAGCAUGCAUUUCUUUACCGCAUCUCUUGCUACGCUCGCUAUUCUUGUGACACCCAUCGUCGCCGGCCCAGAUGCUCUGCGGGCUGUCGAGACAUAUGCUGGUGCUACUAGUGGCAAGUACAUCGUCAAAUUCAAGGAAGGCGUCUCUCCGAAGGCGUGGGCCAAGAGGCUGGGUCUCUCCAACGCUGUCGAUUGGAAUAUUAUCAAUGGUCUUGCGAGCAACCUCGAUACCGAUUCACUCAGCAGUCUCAGAGCCUCUGCAGAUGUUGAACUGAUCUCAGAGGAUGGUAUCAUGCACACCAUGGCCAUUCAAGAGGACGCCCCUUGGGGUCUCUCCCGGCUCAGCUCAUUGACGCCUCCUGCGAUCCAAAAUGCAGACCUCCUUAAUUUCACCUAUAUCUAUGACGCUGCCGCCGGCGAGGGUGUUGAUAUUUACAUUAUUGACACGGGCGUCUAUGUCCACCACGGAGAUUUCGAAGACCGCGCUAGAUGGGGGAUUGCUGUUGGAAGUUACCAGCAAUUUGAUGGCCACGGACACGGAACUCAUGUUGCUGGAUCCGCUGCCGGAAAACAGUUCGGUGUGGCGAAGAAAGCCAACAUUAUCGCUGUCAAAGUGCUCAGUGAUAGUGGCUUCGGCUUCGUCUCUGACGUUGUCUCUGGUAUCGACUGGGUGUUGGGCCAAGUCGAGGCCUCUGGCCGCCCCUCAAUCGCCUCCAUGUCCCUAGGCGGCGAGGGAAUAAGUACGGCACUUGAAAAUGCCGUCGCCUCCCUUACCGCCGCAGGCAUCCACGUCACCGUCGCCGCGGGCAAUUCCAACGUCGACGCGGCCAACACCUCUCCGGCGCGCGCACCCUCUGCCAUCACCGUCGGCUCGUCCACCAUCGCUGAUGAACGUGCCCUGAACUCUAACUACGGCCCGGUCGUGGACGUCUUCGCGCCCGGCUUUGAUGUGAUCAGCUCGUGGACAGGCAGUGUGACGGCCACGAACACCACCUCGGGCACUUCAAUGGCGACAGCGUAUAUUGCGGGCCUGGUUGCGUACCUCAUCAGCAAGGAGGGGAACGCAUUGCCUGCGGAGAUGGAGACGAAGAUCAAGGCAUACGCUCUCAAUGGCAUUCUUUCGGGUAUCCCGACCAACACCAUCAACGCUCUGGCACACAAUGAAGCCCCUGCAACCGACGAGUAA